UAAUGGACAAAUCCUUAGGUCUGAUGUUGUUGGAGCACUGAAGAUGCGAACUUACUUGACUUAUGUCAUCACAUCAAAGCGUUGUAAGUUAGUAUUGAAUGAUAGAGUAUUGCUGGAAGCUCAAGACAAAUCAACAAAGGGAAAAGCCAUUGAUUUAUAUACUCGAGUUUUAUGUACUCGUUUCUUCAAACGCAGUUGUGUUCGAUUGCCUUCGUUUAAAAAAAAUGAUAGGACGGUACAUUUCAUACCACCUGAUGGGGCUUUUGAUGUGGUGACAUAUGAUAUAGACUCAGUACUCAGGUUAGUCAUGUGGAAUAUAAGCAUGGAUGAGAAUAUUUCAUCCACGGCAACGUAUGUUGUGAUUGAAGUGCAUGUACCUAUGGAUGCAUCACACCUCAGAGUUAGGACAUCUCUAGGGUCUGCCGCUUAUGCUCCUGAACAAGAUGCAUUGGUCUGGAAAAUCAAAUCUUUCCCCGGGAACAAUCAGCCACUGUAG